AUGGCUUUUAAAAUACCGAGUGACUUCAAGUUCCCGGAACAAGCCACGUUCGAUGGAACCGGCGAUCCCCGCGAGCAUUUGCUGAGCUAUCAGGCCAAGAUGCAGGUUUUGGGGGUACGAGACCCGGUCAUGUGUCGUGCUUUCUUACCCACGUUGAAGGGGUCAGCACAAAGGUGGCUGGUGGCGCAGCCCUCAGGGUCGAUUCACAACUUUGAAGAGCUGGCAGACCGCUUCAUGAGCCAUUACGCCGCUAAUAUUAAGCCACAAAAGGACCUAACUCACUUAGGUGACAUCCGUCAAGACGAAGGCGAAUCUUUGAAAACCUAUCUGGCCCGCUGGCAGAAAGAAAUCCACAAGGAACCCCGCCUCCUAACCAGUGGAGGCGGAGGCCGAGCAGUAGGGGAUGAGGAACCCGUCGCCGUUGCCGAAGGCAGUCGAGGCAAACAGCCGGUUCCCGAAGAGGAGGAGGCGCAGUGGUGCCAAAAACCGGUCAUCAACAUGAUAGUCGGCGGGCCAGAAGGUGGUGAUUCAGCGAACACCAGAAAAGCUUGGGCUCAGCAGUUGUACGUCGGGACAGUGUACGGGCGUGAGGAGAACCCCAAAAAGGUGUGUCGAGAGCCCAUUGUGUUCACCGACAGAGACUUACCAGCCGGAGAAAUACCGCAUCGAGAUGCGUUGGUUAUAGCCAUGGACGUCAACGGCAUCGUCGUUCGGCGAAUCCUGGUGGACACCGGGAGCAGCGUCAACGUGCUAUAUCUAGAAACCUUCACCAAAAUGGGGCUGACUCGAGAACAGCUGAACCCCGUCAAAACUCCCCUUGCCGGCUUCACAGGGGACUCGGUGGAGGCGGAAGGGUCGAUCACCCUCCCAGUGGAGAUUGACACGUACCCGGACGUACAGAAACUCAGCAUGAAAUUUAUCGUGGUAGACCUGGCCUGCUCGCAUAACGCGAUACUUGGCCGACCGGGUCUUGAGGAGUUAGGAGCCUUGAUCUCAAUUGAGCAUCUCUGCCUGAAAUUCCGCACACCGAAUGGAGUAGGUACGGUGCGCUGUGACCGGAAGGUCGCCCGCGACUGCUAUCUGCAGGCAUGCAGAGGGAUGGGCAAACGCGAGAUGCGGAUUCAUGAGAUCACAGAGAGGCCCCCGAAGAAGACGAUACUACCUCGCCCAGAGCCUGCCGUCGAGUUGGAGGAGUUAGUCGAUGAAACGGCCGGGUCGGCGCUACUGAGUUUCAUGGACGCCUUCAGAGGGUACCAUCAAAUAUUUAUGCACCCGGCGAAUGAGGAGAAGACCGCCUUCCUGACACCGGACGGGGUUUACUGUUACCGAGUCAUGCCCUUCGGGCUUAAAAAUGUCGGGGCUACGUACACCCGGAUGGUCGCCCGAUUGUUCCAACGUUUGCUCGGGAAAUCGAUGGCUGCAUACGUCGACGAUAUGCUCGUCAAGAGCCGGGAGGAGGAUAAGCACGCGGAGGACUUGGCCGACUGCUUCAAGGUAAUGAUGAAAUACAACCUUCGGCUGAACCCCAAAAAGUGCGCGUUCGCCGUCCAAGGUGGCAAAUUCCUGGGCUACAUGGUCACCAAACGAGGCAUCGAGCCUAAUCCGGAAAAAGUACAGGCCAUCAUCGACAUGCAGCCUCCUACAACCGUCAGGGACCUACAACGGCUGACUGGCCGAUUGGCCGCCCUUAGCCGCUUCUUGAGCAAAGCGGCGGACAAGACCAUACCUUUCUUCGAAGCUAUGAAAAAGAAGGAAGGAUUUGCUUGGACUGCCGAAUGCCAACAAUCGUUCGAAGAGUUGAAACAGUACCUCUCAACGCCCCCAGUGCUGUCUACCCCCCAGGCGGGCGAGCCUUUAUUCUUGUACCUCGCCGCCUCAGCCAAAGCAGUGAGUUCGGUGUUGGUCCGAGAGGAUGACCGGGCCCAGCACCCGGUUUAUUACGUAAGUCGCUCGCUGAAGGCCGCCGAGACGCGGUACACUGUUGUGGAAAAGAUUGUGUAUGCAUUGGUAGUUACCGUGCGCAAGCUGGCACCCUAUUUCCAAGCCCAUACCGUUCGAGUUUUGACAGAUCAGCCGCUCGGAAGCGUGCUAAGAAACCCCUUGUCCUCCGGCCGACUUGUAAAGUGGGCCGUAGAGUUGACUCAGUAUGGGAUUGAGUACCAGCCUCGGCCUUCCAUUAAGGGUCAGGCCCUAGCCGACUUCCUGGUCGAAUGCACGGCAGGUGAAGAGGAAAAAGAACACGCCUCGGAGAGCUGCCCAGGCGAGUGGUGGGAAAUGCACGCGGACGGAGCGUCGAGCCGACAGCACUGUGGAGGCGGUGUCAUGCUCAUCACUCCGAAAGGAUUCCGGCUAUAUUACGCUCUGAGAUAUCGGUUCUCGACAUCGAAUAAUGAGGCCGAGUACGAAGCGGUAUUAAACGGCCUCCGACUCGCCAAGGCCCUGGGAGUCGAGCGGCUGCGAAUCAAGACUGACUCCAGACUGGUAGUCGGACAGAUCUCGGGCACGUGUGAAACUAAGAAUGCAAGGCUGGUGCUAUACAAAGAGCGUGCGGUCGAGAUGUUAAAAGGGUUCGGGGCUUAUGAGAUAGAGUACAUACCCCGAACGGACAACACGGAAGCCGACUUGUUGUCCAAAAUUGCCUUGGAUGGGGUACCGGACCAUCUGAUAAAAAUUUGCCAGAAGGAGGAGCUACAUCGGCCGAGUGUUGGAGAGACACCACCGGAAGUCCAGCAAGUAGAUCUCGGGGAAUGGGAUCGAGGGAAAAAUCCCGAAAUGUUCUGGAUAGAGGACAUCCGGCGAUUCAUAGAAAAAGGCGAGUUACCGGAAGACCCGGGAGUCGUCGCGAGAGUUCGGCGGAAAGCCCCCUCCUUCCGGAUCAUCGACGGACUGCUAUACAAACAGUCGUUCGGUGGACCCUUACUAAGGUGCGGCGUUUGUCAAGCAUUCGCCAGGAAAGACACCCGUCCGGCCACCUUUUAUACACCGGUCACCACUGCCAUCCCCUUCGCCAAGUGGGGAAUAGACUUGUUGGGGCCAUUGCCCGUCGCCCCGGGAGGCCUGAAGUUUUGCGUCGUGGCUAUCGACUAUUUCACCAAAUGGGUCGAGACAGAACCACUGGCUACCAUCACUGAGUACCAAUGUCGACGUUUUCUGUGGAAAAGGGUGAUAUGUCGCUUCGGCCUGCCCGAGCACAUCGUCAGCGACAACGGACGACAGUUUGACUGCCAGGCCUUCGCUGAUUUCUGCCGCCGACACGGUAUCAAGCACACCAAGGUCUCGGUGGCGUACCCACAAGCCAAUGGGCAGGUCGAGAAUGUGAAUCGAACGUUGGUCGAUGGGAUCCAGAAGAAGCUCGAAGACAUCCAAGGAAGUUGGGCGGACGAGCUUGACCGAGUCCUAUGGGCUUAUCGCACUACCCAGCGGCGAGCGACGGGGGAGAGCCCGUUCUCGCUCGCAUACAGCUUCGAGGCCAAAGUUCCAGUCGAAGUAGUCGAACCUACCCACCGGGUUCGCACCUACUCGGAUGCAGCGAACGAGGAGAAUUUGCGGAUCGAGAAAAACUUCCUCGAAGAAAGGAGGGAAGCCGCAAGUGCCCGGAUGGUAGAGUACCAGCAGGCGGUGAAAAGAUAUCGCGACCGGAAGACACGCCCGCGAACCUUCCAGGUUGGCGACCUCGUGUUACGCGAUCGACAGGCCAGUCAGCCCACCGAAAGGGGCAAGUUUGCGGUUAAAUGGGAGGGGCCAUACCGUAUUGCAGCGGUGGUUCAAGCCGGAACCUAUAAGCUAGAGACCAUGGAAGGCAAGCUCAUAGAUCGCAUAUGGAAUGCCACCCAUUUGAAAAGGUUCUAUCAGUAG